CCGUUUCCGAGUACCGGCAUCAGUUUGCUGUUUGCAGUCGUCCUCAGCACAUCACUUACGAAGCCAAGAUGACCGGACGUGGAAAGGGAGGAAAGGGUCUGGGAAAAGGAGGAGCCAAGCGCCAUCGCAAGGUCUUGCGUGACAACAUCCAGGGCAUCACCAAGCCCGCCAUCCGCCGUCUGGCCAGACGUGGUGGUGUCAAGCGUAUCUCCGGUCUGAUCUACGAGGAGACUCGUGGUGUCCUCAAGGUCUUCCUUGAGAACGUCAUCCGCGACGCCGUGACCUACACCGAGCACGCAAAGAGGAAGACUGUCACAGCCAUGGACGUUGUCUACGCUCUCAAGAGACAAGGCCGCACCCUUUACGGAUUCGGCGGUUAAAUUACUUCCUGACCCUUUUAUUCACGAAUUUUUAAACAAUCGGCCCUUUUCAGGGCCA